AGCGCGAAAGGGAAAGAGGGGAGGACAGUUCGCCUCUGCAGAGCUGCAAGGACAGCGUGAACAUCGCUAGGACACAGACCGACUCAAGCUCUCAACAAUCACACCUUCUUCACCAUGGCAACCACGCCAAUCACUGCACUGGACUGACAGCUGUCAAUCACAGGAGAAGAUUAUCAGGAUCACCUGCUACAGGAGAGAUUACAAGCUACAAUCGGGGACUUAAGCGGACUAAUUCCAACUUGUGUUUGGUUACGAGUUGUCAUCCAGGGGAAAAUUGGCCAUUUUUGAUCCCUCAACUGAUUUACGCCUGCAUGCGUUCACAUGUGCAUGCUUUAGUACGUAGCCUACGAGGUUGUCUCGCUUUGAAUCAGGGUCACCGUCUUGCUGGCUCUCACCCGUCAGUGCAGUGCCAGAAUAAGCUUCAGUGUAAGCGGGAAGCUCUGUUUAUUUAGCCUCUCAUCCACGAAAAACAUGAGUGAGGGCAAGAAGGAGUUAGAGAUGAGGGACAAAGCCAUCAUGCACCAGCAGAGGAGACUGAAGCAAGCCACCCAGUUCAGCCACAAGGACUCCGCAGAUCUCCUGCCCCUGGAUGGGCUGAAGAGGAUGGGCACUUCCAAAGACCUGCAGCCCCACAGCAUCGUGCAGCGACGACUCAUGGAGGGCAACAUUCCACGUUUGCGUGGAGAGGCCCGGGACAUCCCGUCUCUUGUUCGCUCACCCCUGGCAGACAGCAAAGAGGGCGGAGAGCCAGAGGAGAGGAGCGAGAGCACGGUGGAUGACUCCACGGAGGAGAGGGAGUCUCCCGAGGAGAGCGAAAAGAGCCUUAGGUCUGACGAAGAAGCGGAUAAUGAAUAUGAAGGGGACAGCAGUGAUGCAGGAGGGAAGACAGAGUCCAAACAGAAAGACAAAUUAGGAGAUGAGAGGAAGAAAGGUCUAAAAGAGGGCGAGAGAGCAUCCUCCCUCUCAGCUCUAGUGGUCCAGUGUAAGAGUGGAGAUGCAGAGGUGAUGUUAUCCAUAAACACAGGGUGCCAACACAACCACAUCUCUAAAACAUGCUGCAGACGACUGGGACUGAAAACCAACCAAGACGACAAACCUCUAGACAAGCUGCCACUCAGUGAUUCAACAGUGGAGACGGUGAAGUCCCUGCACCUGCAGCUGGGCAGAGAAAGAGUUCAAUGCACUGCCCAGGUCAUAGAGGAUGCCACGUUUGAGGUGCGUCUGGGUCUACAGACUCUGCUGGAACUCAAAUGCUGUGUAGACCUGAACUCCAGAGUGCUCCGUCUCCACAGCACAGGGCAGGAGCUUCCCUUCCUGGAUCCACCCGCUUGCAGCCAGUGCCAUCACCAUGACAACAACAAAAACAUGUGACCUCGGACCUACGUGCCCAACAACCGCCAUGACCGUACCCGUGUAAUCAGAGAGGAAGUUGACGGAAGGACGCCUGCAUCUGGUCUGUAGUGUUCCCUUGUGCCAGAUCAACAUAGGCCUCUCCUCUCUCGCAUCUUUCCUUCUUUAUUAUUCAUUGUUUGUUUCUGUGCAAUUUACAGAAAUCUGCCAACUAUGUUUUUUUUUUUAUUAUUAUUAUAAUUUGCUGUGCUGAAUUAGUUUUGAUUAAAUGUAAUAAAGCUCAGGAGGAAGGUCGUGUUCUGACAUGUUAAAAUUGCCUUUAUCAAAAUGACAAAAGGGGAUACUAUUGAACUAAUGUUUGAAGACUGAUGAGUAAUAUUCUUUAAGUGGUGAUUUUAAUUACAAUACAAGUCAAUUAUAUUCUUGAACGUUACAGUAACACUUUGGGAUCCCCAAAACCUGAUUUUAUACUUUUAAAUGUGUCAAAAAAACAAACAAAUCAGACAGUUUCUUUCACAAAAACCUCAAAUUUAGCUAGAAACAUCUCACCCGAAACUGCCUUUAACUAAACAAAGACUGUGUUUUCAAACCCACUUCCCUUUAUGCCCCCAGAUGAUAAGGAGGAGAGCCAGCCCAAUCAAAUGUUAAUUGAGUCCUUGGGCUGCAAUCUCACUCAAUGACCCCAAACCAAGCAAAACACUUCAUCUGCAUGAUUUUAUGGACUUUUCCAUUUGCAUUUGUCUGCUUUUGGUACGUCAGAGUGUGUAACACCUAUUGAACGGUUAAUUUCUCCUUUUCUAGAACCUAGUUUCUAGAAACCCUGUUCAGUUGCUGCUCUCAGCUUGUCCUCCACCUCCUAUGCCUUGUUCAUUGCUCUGUUUUUCCACUCAUAAGCACAACUAGACUGCCUUAGUACAGCCACUAAAAUGCCAACCGAUGACCCAAAGGGCGUCUAUGUCCCACACAAACUCCCUCUAAGGGUGGGGGUAAUUAAACUGUUGGCACACAAUUCUCAAUAACCCAUAUCAUCCAGCCUUUUAAUACUAUGGAUGACCUUUCAGUGUAGGAUGUCCAUAUAUUUGCCCAUUUUAUGUUCUUCUCUUUCUUUUCACGCUGUGUUGAGGGCCAAUUGUAUGAGGAGGGGGAAAAAAAGAGUUUAUUUUUUGGUGUUUUCUGGUUUCCUUUUUCUCUGAACAG